UCAACAACAUUUACCAUAUAUCACAGCUUCUUUCACCUUCCAAACGAAAGGAGGAAGAAGAAGAUGAAGCUAAAAUGGGAAUCAAUCUCUACUCUUCACCAAAACGUCUUCCUCGUCAAGGUCCUCGCUGCCGUUUUUAUAACCGGUCUCGCCUUCCGCUUCUACGCCGUCCGCUUCGGCCAAGUGUCGGUGAACGAAAUCUCCGAUCCUCAGAUCUCGCCUCCUUCGGUUAUCAUCUCGGAGAAUGAGGAUCUCCUCCCCAUCGAUAUUGAGGUGGAGAAGUGUGAUCUCUUCACCGGGAAAUGGAUCAGAGACCCCUUGGGACCAAUCUAUACCAAUGGCUCAUGUGGUGUCGUCGUUGAUAGUCACCAGAAUUGCAUCACCAAUGGCCGUCCUGACUCCGGUUUUCUCUACUGGAAAUGGAAGCCUAACGACUGCUCCCUGCCCCGCUUCGACCCUCUUAGGUUUCUGCAGCUUAUGAGGAACAAGUCUUGGGCUUUCAUUGGUGACUCCAUUUCGCGUAACCAUGUCGAGUCUUUGCUUUGCAUGCUCUCCACUGUUGAAAAACCGGUUGAAGUGUACCACGACGACGAGUACAGAUCAAAGCGUUGGCUUUUUCCUUCUCACAAUCUGACAAUCUCCAACAUUUGGUCACCGUUUCUUGUUCAAGCCGCCAUUUUUGAAGACUCAAGAGGUGUCUCAUCAGCUGCAGUCCAGCUUCACCUUGAUAUACUCGACAACACAUGGACUGAUCUGUUUCCCAGCAUUGACUAUGCCAUCAUCUCUUCCGGGGAAUGGUUCUUGAAAACCGCGAUCUACCACGAGAAUGCUAAUAUUGUUGGCUGCCAUGGCUGCCCGCAAAGUUCCAACAUAACGGACUUAGGAUUCGACUAUGCUUACAACACAUCUCUGCGCCAUGUGAUGGACUUCAUCGCAAGAUCCAACACUAAAGGCAUGAUCUUUUUCCGGACGUCGAUACCUGAUCACUUUGAAAACGGUGAAUGGCAUAACGGAGGGACCUGUAAGAAAACAGAACCUGUGAACGAGGAUGAGGUCAAGAUGAAAGUUUUGAACAAGAUAUUGAGAGAUGUAGAGAUUAGUCAGUUCCAGAGGGUGGUUACAGAGAUGGGUCAGGAGGCUGGGCAUUUUAAGCUUCUUGACUUUGCCGGAAUGUUGCUGACCCGACCCGAUGGGCACCCGGGUCCGUAUCGAGAGUUCAGGCCGUUUGAUAAGGACAAGAACGCAAAGGUACAGAACGAUUGUCUGCAUUGGUGCUUGCCUGGUCCGAUUGAUUACUUGAACGAUGUUAUAUUGGAGAUCAUAGUGAAUAGCUGAAUCAAGAACACCGGUUUGGUCUUCGUGUAAAUUGAUAAAGUUGAAGAAGUUGGAUAGAGCUCAUUGAAGAAUUAUAAAACCCAGUUUGGUUCAUGAUAGCUAUUAUUAUGGAUCGAUUUUUGUAAAGUGAUAUUUUUUUCGUGGGUUUUCUGUUAUAUAUGCAAAAGUAAGAGAUUUCGAGUGAA